GUCAUGCUGCAGCCAAUAUGAUACCUUUGGUAGCUUCCAAUCGAGUAGGCGUGGAGUAUACUCAAUAUACCGAUCAUCGUUCACAUAUCACAUUUUAUGGUUCCAGUUUGAUUGUCGAUGCAACUGGAGAGAUCAAGAUACAAGCAGACUCAUCGAGGUAAAUUGUAGAUAGACUCUCGCUAAAUGUGGAUGAUGAAUAUAUAUAUAUAUAUAUAUAUGUAUAUGUAUGUG